GCACGCGGUUGGUCUGGUGACGGUGCCGACCUGUCACUGGUGACGGUGCUGGGGUGUGUCACUGGUGACACUGGUGUCUGUGAAAGACCGGGGCAUCACUCCUCGGUCUAAUAAGCUCACUCGUAAGACCCGGAAUAUCUGCAGCUGGUGCUCUGCAGCCUCCGAGAUUACCACUGUUCUUCUGCUACGGAUUUUCGUACGGACGCUGCUGAUUUUCGUACGGACGCUUCUGAUUUCCGUACGAACGCUGCUGAUUUCCGUACAAUGUGAGAUACAUCCACGUGUUCCCAGCUCCAAUCGGCGACCACCUGCAUGAUAACUGUUAACUGAUAACCGGGCCUCUACCCAUCGUGUAUAACCUGUCUAAACACUGUGUGAAGGGGUGUUACACAGCCGGUACCUAUCAGCAGCACAGCUGUCGCGUCAGAGAACAGAGCUCAGAAGUCGGGCUGCAACCACCCCAACGGACAGCUAGUGUCAUUUGACGGGUCCUCUUAGGCGGUCGUAGCGCUUCUGAGCCAUUGAGAGGGCUGUUAGUGUGACGGAUUUGACAUAUGAGAGAAGUUCGGCCGACGUGAAGUCGGGGUAGCGGUUAGUGGUGAAAAGUGCACCUUCAUAGACCUCCGUCGGCACAGAAUCGAACCAAAUGCUUGGAUCUGACCGAGCAUUCCGUUCAGAGCAAGACAACGUCGUUACGUUUGCACUAGCUUAAUAAAAAGCCACUAACUAACUCCAGAGCCUAGAGUCAUCCUGACCAGCUGCAAUCGUGUGAGGAGUGACCUGACGAUGCACUGAAAACGUCGGCACGAUGCAUGUCGGAGGAAAAAGAACGCGGUAACGUCCUGCCAUCAUACUUCUCGUGCGCAUAAUCACAAGUCAAGUAUAUUUUAACAAACUCCAGUGAAGUGGAAAUGGGAUCUGAAGUCAGCUGGUGGUCGGCUGUCGUCACUGGUGAGGUAAUAAAUAAAGGACACGAGCAAAACUGGUGACAACACCGAUGCUGAUAAAAACAGCCCGGUACAUCGAUCCUCAGCCAGGCUACAGCUUGACGAGCAGCUGUGCCAUCCUCUGAACAUUCGCGCAUUCUCACCACGUUGUACUUGUGCAAGUCUGCCGGGUGCCUGAUGCGUAACAUUGACGCAGCACAAUAACUAGAUCUUCGACAAAAAGACAAGAUGCGAAUACACCUACGAAAGAAGCUUCUGCUGGCCUGCAUCCUUACCGGCAUAUUCGUCUUCAAGGUCACAGUUUUUAUCUACGGUAACUCACAGGAUGAGCCCCAGUUCACCACUCCCCCGGCAAUUUUAGUAUCGGGAGGGCGGAGCCGCGUGCACGCCGUCAAGGUGGAGCCGGCGCCACUCCCCGAGGGGCAGAGCAGAGGGGCCGUGCUGGUGGCGCGAGCGCUGCCCAGCGGUCAACUGCCGGCUGAUGAGGCCGUGCGUCCCUAUCUGGGGCUGCGCAGCACAUGGCAGAACGUUACAUACUCGGUGGGAAAGUUUUUCAUCUUCUCCGCCUACUUCGAUAGGCGACUGGAUAAGAAGUUUGUUCGUAUUAUCGCCACGGGUCGGCUACGUCUUCCGCGCACCAUCCGCGCCCUGCAGUGCGUCCUGCACUACAGCGACGGCUCGAAAGAGACGGUAACCGCCGAACACAAGGUGAUCCGGGAGAACUGGGGCCUGGCCUACACGGCCCGGUUCGUGCUCUGUAACACCGACAGACUCCCGCUCAGGGUGUCACUGGUGGAGAAACUGGACGAUCCCAACCCGGCUACUGUGGCAGUGUCCGACCUGGACCCGUCCGUGGAGCGGCUGGGCGACUUCGCCGUGUGCGUCAAGCCGUUCCACUACCAGUUCAACCGCGCCGUGUGGCUGGUGGAGUUUAUCGAGUUCCACCGGCUGCUGGGCGUCAACCACUUUGUGUUCUACAACCACACGGUUGGCGCUGACGUGCAGAGGGUGCUGCGCUUCUACGAGAGCCGCGGAGUGGCCACCGUGAUCCAGUGGGAGAUGCAGCUCAGGUCACAGAAGGAGAUUCGUACCGAAAACAUGUUCGCAGCGCUCAACGACUGCGUGUACCGCUCCAUGUACCGGUACCGGUACGCGCUGCUCGUGGACGUAGACGAGUACAUUGUACCGCGACAGCACCUCGGCUAUGGGGAUAUGUUUGAGCUGCUGGAUAGCCGGCGGCGAGCUAACUAUGGCUCCUUUGUGUUCAAGAACUGUUUCUUCUACCUAUAUUGGGAGAACGACACAGCAGUGGCGGAGCAGCUGCAGCUCUCUCCAGCCGGCGAGCGCCGCUUCCCCUACCUAAUCACCCUGUUCAAGACGCGCCGUAUGCGGGAACCGUUCCGCUUCUUCUCGCGCUCCAAGUAUUUUGUGGCGCCCGAGCGAGCCGUGGAGGUGGGAAACCACCAGGUCUGGCAGCACGUGCCAGGUUUCAAAGCCAUGUCCGUGGGAGAACACUACGGCUUAGUUCAUCACUACCGAAUAUGUGAAAUGGGAGGCUUCGAGUGCAAAAAGAAGCCGUCAGUGAUUGACAGAACAACGCACAAAUAUCUUCGACAGCUUACUGGCCAAGUGCUCACGUUGUGCGCAGCCAUCUUUGGUGAUAGCUGUCCAGAGGCGCCGCCACUUGGGUCGCCAUGGUAACGAGAAACAAUGCAGCUUGGGUCUCCAUGGCAACGCGAUGCGCCACCUCAGUGCAAUGCAGUGCAGUGCCUGCAGUGCAGUGAUCACUGGUCAUCGUGUGCUUUGUGUGCCGUGGUGGGUUGUGAGGCAGUGAAGAACAUGAAGAACACCUUCAGAGUCACGAGUGGGAUCAAGCAAUGACAGAUAGGUAGGUAUGUAAGACCGAUCCCAUUUAGAUAAAACGAAAUGCCUAGUUAGGUAAGUACAUGUCAGAGAGAAAGGCAGACUGAGCAGGGUAUAUUGAGUGAAGGGUAGGACGAACUUUGGUAGGAAUUUCUAGUAUAACUACUAGAAAACAUACUAUAUGUGGUCGGGACCAGCAAAAAAUUAGUUCAAACUAGAAUAUGGUAGCGCUUAUGGUUGGCAGUCGUGACGCGCACGUGACAUUCAUUUAUUAAAUUUCUUAAAUAAAAGGUCUUAGGGGCCGAUUAGUGGGCAGAUACAUUCAAUUAGCUAUUAAUAAUUGAUUAUGCAAACAUUCAAGAAUCUACAUCAUUCAAUUCUAGCCGAAAUCACGCGGCGCUCCCAGGAUUCGAACUCACGACCCUCGGAUCCUUAGCCCGGUACGCUACCGACUGCGCUACCGAGGACCGCGCGCCGACGAUCGGAGAGCCGGAUCGCGGGUGCUGGCGUGCAGAGAAAUCUUUACCCUGUACGCCGUAGAAGAUCGGCUGGGUUUCGUGAAAAAUGGUAGAGGAAUUGUCGAAAGAAAAUUCAUCGAUCUAUCAUUUGAGACUAAGAACCAUUGAUUCCUUUAAAGGUUGACCGAGAUAUCGCUCGCCGAAAACAGGCCAUUUAACAUGUAAACCCUAUGGGCUGGUAGGAAAUGUACGCCGUGGAGCAGCAGUGCUACCGACUAACUUCGGCGGGGGCCGAGACUGAGUUGUGCCAUAUCCAUUGUCAGUUGAUGACGACGCUCAAAUUUGUUAAAUUGUGUGGCUGCAGUUGCAGGACUGUUGCACUGCAUCGUACCAUAAAGCACGGUGACUAUAAAUAAAGUUUGCCCUCGCUCGCCGAGAACCCAUGCAAUUCCGCCAGGCGAGUAGGUAAGCAACUCUAAAUGCGGGUAUGCAGCAGUUCCCUCACCAUUUAUUCUUGUUUUUACUUAGCAUUCAGAUCAGCCGCACCAGUGCGGCCCUGCACAUGUUUUUGGUGCACGUGUGAAAAACCCGAUAACAUUUAUUGUGUGUUCACUGUUUAGUGAUCAAUGCCUCACGUGGAAGCGACCAUGUACGACUGCCUAAGCGUCAACACUAAUCUCGCUGUGAUCUAUUGUGCCUGUUUUCAAAAAGUGUUUGCGUGGGUCUGCGUGUAUUGCCUUUCGUGCGAACAUCUGACCUGCUACGACAUGCCUGUUUCUGCCUAUAGCGAGGACAAAAAUAAACCAGUAAC